CCCCUUCGCUGCACCCGCCCCUCUCGCGGCCCCCCCUUUCGGUCGUCCGCUUUCCCACCCCUCAGCAUUUUUCUGUCUUUCUCCCCCCUCUCCUCCAUUUGUUGUUUAAUGUUUCCCACUCUUUGAGGGAGGAUGGUUGAUUUGGAGAGCGAAGUGCCGCCUCUGCCUCCCAGGUACAGGUUUCGGGAUCUGCUGCUGGGGGACCAAGGAUGGCAAAACGAUGACAGGGUACAAGUUGAAUUCUAUAUGAAUGAAAACACAUUUAAAGAGAGACUAAAGUUAUUCUUUAUUAAAAACCAGAGGUCAAGUCUAAGAAUACGACUGUUCAAUUUUUCUCUCAAAUUAUUAAGCUGCUUAUUAUACAUAAUCCGAGUGCUGCUAGAAAACCCUUCCCAAGGAAAUGAAUGGUCUCAUAUCUUUUGGGUGAACAGAAGUCUGCCUUUAUGGGGCUUGCAGGUUUCAGUGGCAUUGAUAAGUCUAUUUGAAACAAUACUGCUUGGUUAUCUCAGUUAUAAGGGAAACAUCUGGGAACAGAUUUUACGAAUACCCUUCAUCUUGGAAAUAAUUAAUGCAGUUCCCUUCAUUAUCUCAAUAUUCUGGCCUCCCUUAAGGAAUCUAUUUGUCCCAGUCUUUCUAAAUUGUUGGCUUGCCAAACAUGUUUUGGAAAAUAUGAUUAAUGAUCUACACAGAGCCAUUCAACGUACCCAGUCUGCCAUGUUUAAUCAAGUUUUGAUUUUAAUAUCUACAUUACUAUGCCUUAUCUUCACCUGCAUUUGUGGAAUCCAGCAUCUGGAGCGAAUAGGAAAGAAGCUGAAUCUCUUUGACUCCCUUUAUUUCUGCAUUGUUACCUUUUCGACUGUGGGCUUUGGGGAUGUCACUCCUGAAACAUGGUCCUCCAAGCUUUUUGUUGUUGCUAUGAUCUGUGUCGCUCUUGUGGUUCUACCCAUACAGGUUGAACAACUGGCCUAUUUGUGGAUGGAGAGACAAAAGUCGGGUGGAAAUUAUAGUAGACACAGAGCUCAAACUGAAAAGCAUGUUGUCCUGUGUGUCAGCUCUUUGAAGAUUGAUUUACUUAUGGAUUUUUUAAAUGAAUUCUAUGCUCACCCAAGAUUACAGGAUUAUUAUGUGGUGAUUUUGUGUCCUACUGAAAUGGAUGUGCAAGUUCGAAGGGUACUACAGAUUCCAAUGUGGUCACAAAGAGUUAUUUACCUUCAAGGUUCAGCUCUUAAAGAUCAGGAUUUGUUGCGAGCAAAGAUGGAUGAUGCUGAGGCCUGUUUUAUUCUAAGCAGCCGCUGUGAAGUGGAUAGGACAUCAUCUGACCACCAAACAAUUUUGAGAGCAUGGGCUGUAAAAGACUUUGCACCAAAUUGUCCUUUGUAUGUCCAGAUAUUAAAGCCUGAAAACAAAUUUCAUAUCAAAUUUGCUGAUCAUGUUGUUUGUGAAGAAGAGUUUAAAUACGCCAUGUUAGCUUUAAACUGUAUAUGCCCAGCAACAUCUACACUUAUUACCCUACUGGUUCAUACCUCUAGAGGGCAAGAAGGCCAGCAAUCACCAGAACAAUGGCAGAAGAUGUAUGGUAGAUGCUCUGGGAAUGAAGUAUACCACAUUGUUUUGGAAGAGAGUACAUUUUUUGCUGAAUAUGAAGGAAAGAGUUUUACAUAUGCCUCUUUCCAUGCACAUAAAAAGUUUGGUGUCUGCUUGAUUGGUGUUAGAAGGGAAGAUAAUAAAAACAUAUUGAUGAAUCCAGGUCCUCGAUAUAUUAUGAAUGCUACUGAUAUAUGUUUUUAUAUUAAUAUUACCAAAGAAGAGAAUUCAGCAUUUAAAAACCAAGACCAACAGAAACAAAGCAAUGCAUCAAGCUCAUUUUAUCAUGGACCAUCUAGAUUACCUGUACAUAGUAUAAUUGCCAGCAUGGGUACUGUGGCUAUAGACUUGCAAGACACAAGCUGUAGAUCAAGUGGCCCUACCCUAUCUCUUCCUGCAGAGGGGAGCAAAGAAGUCAGAAGACCAAGCAUUGCUCCUGUUUUAGAGGUUGCAGAUGUGUCAUCAAUUCAAACAUGUGAUCUUCUAAGUGAUCAAUCAGAAGAUGAAACUACACCAGAUGAGGACAUUUCCUCUAACUUAGAAUAUGCUAAAGGCUACCCACCCUACUCUCCAUAUAUAGGAAGCUCACCCACUUUUUGUCAUCUUCUUCAUGAAAAAAUGCCAUUUUGCUGCUUAAGAUUAGACAAGAGUUGCCAGCAUAACUACUAUGAGGACGCAAAAGCCUAUGGAUUCAAAAAUAAACUAAUUAUAGUUGCAGCUGAAACAGCUGGAAAUGGAUUGUAUAAUUUUAUUGUUCCUCUCAGGGCAUAUUAUAGACCAAAGAAAGAACUUAAUCCCAUAGUACUUCUAUUGGAUAACCCUCUAGAUGAUUUACUCAGGUGUGGAGUGACCUUCGCUGCCAACAUGGUAGUUGUGGACAAAGAGAGCACCAUGAGUGCGGAGGAAGACUACAUGGCCGAUGCCAAAACGAUUGUGAACGUGCAGACCCUUUUCAGGUUGUUUUCCAGUCUCAGUAUUAUCACUGAGCUUACACACCCAGCCAACAUGAGAUUCAUGCAAUUCAGAGCCAAAGACUGUUAUUCUCUUGCUCUUUCAAAACUGGAAAAGAAAGAACGAGAGAGGGGCUCCAAUUUGGCCUUCAUGUUCCGACUGCCUUUUGCUGCUGGGCGGGUGUUUAGCAUCAGCAUGUUGGACACACUUCUAUAUCAGUGCUUUGUGAAGGAUUACAUGAUUUCUAUCACCAGACUUCUCUUGGGUUUAGACACUACACCAGGAUCAGGGUUUCUUUGUUCUAUGAAAAUCACCGAGGAUGACCUAUGGAUCAGAACUUAUGCCAGACUUUAUCAGAAGUUGUGUUCUUCUACUGGAGAUGUGCCCAUUGGAAUCUACAGAACUGAAUCUCAGAAACUUGCUACAUCUGAGUCUCAAAUAUCUAUCAGUGUAGAAGAGUGGGAAGACACAAAAGACUCCAAAGAGCAAGGUCAUCACCGAAGCAACCACCACCGCAACUCAACAUCCAGUGACCAGUCAGACCAUCCCUUACUGAGGAGAAAGAGUAUGCAAUGGGCCCGAAGACUGAGCAGAAAAGGUCCAAAGCACUCUGGCAAAACAGCUGAGAAAAUAACCCAGCAGCGACUGAACCUCUACAGGAGGUCUGAAAGACAAGAGCUUGCUGAACUUGUGAAAAAUAGAAUGAAACACCUGGGUCUUUCUACGGUGGGCUAUGAUGAAAUGAAUGAUCAUCAAAGUACCCUCUCCUACAUCCUGAUUAACCCAUCUCCGGAUACCAGACUGGAGCUGAAUGAUGUAGUGUACUUAAUCCGACCAGAUCCAUUAGCCUAUCUUCCAAAUAGUGAGCCUAGUCGAAAAAACAGCAUCUGUAAUGCCAGUGGACAAGAUUCUCGAGAGGAAACUCAGCUUUGAUAAAACAAAAAUGAUAUUUUUAUUUCUUCAAAUAUCUUGGUUUAAACAACUCUAAAUCUUAGGGGAGGAAGUGUUACUAGCUUGAAAAACUAGAUUGGAAUAUAUUCAAUUCUCUUAUGUUUUAAGAAAUCUACUCUCUUAGAAGUAUAGAUUAUUUUGAAAUUAAUUUACUACUUAUUGG